UUUCCUCCCCCAGGAUCUUUCUAUCUUUCCAUGAUGAAAUCGAGCCGAAUAUGUCGGUUCACGCUGCAAGGCAUGUCAUACCCUGUCUAGUUCGGAAAUUUUAUGUUUCAGCUUUUCUAGUGUAAGCGAUGGAGUUGUCUUUACACGAAGUGGCUUGAUCAGCGUGUUCGGGAUGAAACCCAUGGGGCGAACGAAUUCCAGUGAUAUUUUGUAUAUCUGGACUUUGCAUGGGCUACCCGUAUGUAAUUUUCUUUUUUUGUUUUCUUUUCUUCUUUAUUUCCCCCCUAGUGUUUCUAGGUUUUGUUAUCCUUGCGCAUACAGUGAAAGAAAUGUGAAUUGGGUUGCAGGUUUGGAUGAUAGAAUGAAAUUUCCCCUCUACAUUACUUUUUAUCAUUUGUGGAUUACAUCAUAUUGCUUCCUUUUUUCUUUUUCUCUUUUUGUUUUCCUGUUAUUACCCCAGGCUCUCCUCGCGUUCGGUGAAAGUUAACUACUCGGUGUCCGGUUCAUUGGCUUUCUGCAACGGAAGGGGUGAAACA